AAAUACCGGGGGGCGCAGCUCGGGGCGGGCGGGGAGGGGCGCGGCCCCGAGUCCGCCCCGCCGGGGACUCUCGGGAGCGCUGCGGGUGGCAGGUGACAGACGGCGGAGGCAGCCAGGUCUGCAGCUUCGGUCCCCUAGGCGCCCCCCUCCGGACAGGACAGGACGACCCCCUGAGCGCCCCGCGCCCCGCACGGACUCAAGAUGCCGAAGCCGAUCAACGUGCGAGUCACCACCAUGGACGCGGAGCUGGAGUUUGCCAUCCAGCCCAACACCACCGGGAAGCAGCUCUUCGACCAGGUGGUGAGGACCAUCGGGCUGCGAGAGGUGUGGUACUUUGGCCUGCAGUACGUGGACAACAAGGGCUUCCCUACCUGGCUGAAGCUGGAUAAGAAGGUGUCCGCCCAAGAGGUGCGGAAGGAGAGCCCCCUGCAGUUCAAGUUCCGGGCCAAGUUCUACCCUGAGGACGUGUCAGAGGAGCUGAUUCAGGACAUCACACAGAAGCUCUUCUUCCUGCAAGUCAAGGAGGGCAUCCUGAGCGACGAGAUCUACUGCCCGCCCGAGACGGCCGUGCUGCUGGGCUCCUACGCCGUGCAGGCCAAGUUUGGGGACUAUAACAAGGAGACCCACAAGGCGGGCUACCUGAGCUCCGAGCGCCUCAUCCCCCAGAGAGUCAUGGACCAGCACAAGCUCACCCGUGACCAGUGGGAGGACCGCAUUCAGGUGUGGCACGCCGAACACCGCGGUAUGCUCAAGGACAGCGCCAUGCUGGAGUACUUGAAGAUCGCCCAGGACCUGGAGAUGUAUGGCAUCAACUACUUCGAGAUCAAGAACAAGAAAGGCACUGACCUGUGGCUGGGGGUGGACGCCCUCGGGCUGAACAUCUACGAGAAGGAUGACAGGCUCACCCCGAAGAUCGGCUUCCCCUGGAGUGAGAUCCGGAACAUCUCUUUCAGCGACAAGAAGUUCGUCAUCAAGCCCAUCGACAAGAAAGCCCCAGACUUCGUGUUCUACGCACCGCGCCUGCGCGUCAACAAGCGCGUGCUGCAGCUGUGCAUGGGCAACCACGAGCUGUACAUGCGGCGCCGCAAGCCCGACACCAUCGAGGUGCAGCAGAUGAAGGCGCAGGCGCGCGAGGAGCGCCACCAGAAGCAGCUGGAGCGGCAGCAGCUGGAGACGGAGAAGAAGCGGCGGGAGACGGUGGAGCGCGAGAAGGAGCAAAUGCUGAGAGAGAAGGAGGAGCUGAUGCAGCGGCUGCAGGACUACGAGCAGAAGACCAAGAAGGCCGAGAAAGAGCUAUCAGACCAGAUCCAGCGCGCCCUGCAGCUGGAGGAGGAGCGCAGACGCGCCCAGGAGGAGGCCGAGCGGCUGGAGGCGGACCGGGUAGCCGCCCUGCGCGCCAAGGAGGAGCUGGAGCGCCAGGCCGUGGACCAGAUCAAGAGCCAGGAACAGCUGGCUGCAGAGCUGGCCGAGUACACGGCCAAGAUCGCCCUGCUGGAGGAGGCGCGGAGACGCAAGGAGGACGAAGUGGAGGAGUGGCAGCACCGGGCCAAAGAAGCGCAGGAUGACCUGGUCAAGACGAAGGAGGAGCUGCACCUGGUGAUGACGGCCCCCCCGCCUCCACCACCCCCCACCUAUGAGCCCGUCAACUACCACGUGCAGGAGGCGCCCCAGGAGGAGGGCCCCGAGUUCACGGACUUCAGCGCCGAGCUGUCGAGCGAGGGCAUCCAGGGCGACCGCAACGAGGAGAAGCGCGUCACCGAGGCCGAGAAGAACGAGCUUCUGCAGCGGCAGCUCAGGACGCUGUCCAGCGAGCUGUCCCAGGCCCGGGAUGAGAACAAGAGGACCCACAACGACAUCAUCCACAACGAGAACAUGCGGCAGGGCCGCGACAAGUACAAGACGCUGCGGCAGAUCCGCCAGGGCAACACCAAGCAGCGCAUUGACGAGUUCGAGGCCAUGUGAGGCCGGGGCCCCGCACCCCCACACCUGCUCCAAGAGCGCCCCGCCUGCCUCCCUGUACCAUAGCGGCCCCGGCCCCCCGUCCUGACCCAGUCAUUCCACCCGUGCUCAGAGCAGGGCCCCCCGGCAGGCCAGGCCCGUGGGGCUCCUGCGUGCGUGAUGAGCUCGUGGACCUGGAUCGCUUCUUGAUUUCGUGAAGGGUCGUCUCAUCUUUGUAUAUUUAUGUGUUUUUUUUUUUUUUUGAGGAGUGAGAAUUUUAUUUGAAAGCCCAGAGCACCUGCACACUGACCCCCCCCUCCCAUGGCAGCCCCGCUGUGAUUAUUCAGGAGGGACUGAGAGCACUCCUGCCUCUGCCUCUGCCUCUUGUUUCUGUUCCGCUUCAGCAGCUGUAGAGGGCUACCUUGCUGGACUCGCACCGGAUUAAUGAUCAGCUAUAGAGAAUAGUAUUUAUAUAUUAUAUAUAUAUAUAAAGAUAUAAUAGGGGUUUGUAACGUUAGUUUACAAAAGGGAAAAAAAACUUUUGUUCUGUAUAUUUUGUUACCUUUUACAGAAUAAUAAAUGGAUUAUGUACGAAAAGCCAUGUAACCCAGGGCACUUGGUCUGAGCAGCAAAGCACAGAAAUGAAACAGAUGAAC